GCAGCGCUAUACUUUAUAGUUUAUAGAUACAUAGGCAAGGCAGGAUGCCGAGGACAUUUCUCUUCUGCAAGCAUGUGCUUUCUCAUCUUGUGCCAGAGUAAACCUCACAUCGUAAUUGACAUUUACUCCCCCGCAUCUAAAUUGAGAUGCAUCUAUCCCCGCAUUGUGAAGUCGUAUCAUGAAUUCAUAUGCACCCCAGACGGACAUGACAACUGAAGGGGUAAGACUGACGGAGACUCAAUCUCUUUUGAUCCUUAGGGCCAUGGAUUACUUCCCAAAACAUCACUCUCCGCAUUCCUAUUUGCAAUAUCUUUAUGUAAUUUGGGUACCAUCAAUGGCCACCGUAAGCCACGUCAUGCUAGCAAGGGCAGUUGUACGUCGGCCCGUCGCUGUUGAAGAUCUCGUCUCCGAGAGCAAGAGAAAUCUGAUGUCUAUCAUUUCUUUUGAGGCGAUUGGUGCCUCUCAGAGAUAGAAAAUGCAUAAGUAACUAAUUUAAUACUCUUCUCGCAAACUGAAACAGUUGUGGCUAUGCAAGACUAAGUGUAUGAUGGAUAUUUCAUUAUCCGGCAUUUAGGGGGCUGUUUAAGGCAAUAUUUUACCUGUUGACUCGAG